AGAUGGCGCUGCCCAGGGAGGUGAGUAGUCUGCGGCGGGGGCGGUGGGUUCUCUGAAGAGCGCGAAGGAGUGGCGACGUCUGCACUGUUGGUUGCAGGCGGUGGAAGGGGACGGCGCCAGCUCCCAGGUCUCAGUGAAUGAACUGCUGCAGCACUCCCUCGAAGCUGGAGAAGGUUGCAGGUUGGGUCCGCUUGGCCGGGUGAGGGACCCAGAAGUGGAGACGUCCCUAAGUCACCGGCUUCCCCAGAGCGUCAGUCCGUAAGCUAUGACCCGAGAGUGCCCGGCCCCAGCCCGGAAGCCCGGGGCUCCACCGAGCGGGCCGGUACUGGCCGAAGCUGCGGUGGUGUUCGCAGUGGUAUUGAGCAUCCAUGCCGCCGUGUGGGACCGCUACUCAUGGUGCGCCGUGACGCUCGCGGUGCAGGCCUUCUACGUUCAGUACAAGUGGGACCGGCUGCUGCAGGAAGGCAACGCUGUCUUUCAGUUCCGAAUGUCCGCAAACAGCGGCCUGCUGCCCGCUUCCAUGGUCAUGCCUUUGCUUGGGCUGGUCAUGAAGGAACGCUGCCAGGCUGCGGGGAACCAGCACUUCGAACGCUUUGGCGUCGUGGUGGUGGCCACCGGCAUGGCAGUGGCCCUCUUCUCUUCGGUGUUGGCGCUGGGUAUUACUCGCCCGAUGCCCACCAACACCUGUGCCAUCUCAGGUUUGGCCGGAGGUGUUAUCAUUUAUAUCAUGAAGCACUCGCUCAGCGUGGGUGAGGUGAUCGAAGUCCUAGAAGUCUUACUGAUCUUUGUUUAUCUCAACAUGAUCCUGUUAUACCUCCUGCCCCGCUGCUUCACUCCUGGGGAGGCCCUGCUGGUCUUAGGUGGCCUCAGUUUUGUCCUCAACCAACUCAUCAAGCGUUCUCUGACCGUAGUAGAAAGCCAGGGAGACCCCAUGGACUUCUUCCUGCUGGUCGUUGUGGUCGGGAUGGUGCUCAUAGGGAUCUUCUUCAGCACCCUCUUUCUCUUCAUGGACUCGGGAACCUGGGCCUCAUCCAUCUUCUUCCACCUCAUGACCUGUGUGCUGGGUCUUGGCGUGGUCCUGCCCUGGCUGCACUGGCUGAUCCACAGGAACCCCCUGCUCUGGCUUCUUCAGUUCCUCUUCCAGACGGAAACUCGAAUCUACCUCCUAGUCUAUUGGUUUCUGCUGGCUGUCUUGGCCUGCCUGGUGGUACUCUACCAGAAUGCCAAGCGGUCAUCUUCCGAGUCUAAAAAGCACCAGGCCCCUGCCAUCACCCGAAAGUAUUUCCACUUCAUUGUGGUUGCCACGUACAUCCCAGGAAUUAUGUUUGAUCGGCCGCUGCUCUAUGUGGCUGCCACAGUAUGCCUGGCAGUCUUCAUCUUCCUGGAGUAUGUGCGCUACUUCCGAAUCAAGCCCUUGGGCCACACUCUGCGGAGCCUCCUGUCUCUCUUCCUGGAUGAACGAGACAGCGGGCCUCUCAUCCUGACACACAUCUACCUGCUCCUGGGCAUGUCUCUUCCCGUGUGGCUCAUUCCUAGACCCUGUGCACAGAAGGGCAGCCUGGGGGGAGCAAGGGCCCUAGCGCCCUAUUCAGGGGUCCUGGCCGUGGGCGUGGGUGAUACUGUGGCCUCCAUCUUCGGCAGCACCAUGGGGGAGAUCCAGUGGCCUGGAACCAAGAAGACUUUUGAGGGGACCAUGACAUCUAUAUUUGCACAGAUCAUUUCUGUAGCACUGAUUUUGAUCUUUGACAGUGGAGUGGACCUCAACUACAGCUACGCCUGGCUUUUAGGGUCCAUCAGCACUGUGUCCCUCCUAGAAGCAUACACUACACAGAUAGACAACCUCCUUUUGCCUCUCUACCUCCUGAUAUUGCUGAUGGCCUAGCUCCUGCGCAAAAGCAGCAGUGAGGGAGGAAAAGGGAAUGGGGAGGAUGAAUGGGCCGCACGCCAGCUCCCCACUUGGGCACAAAGAGCCAAAAGGUGGAAAACAGGUUUGGUUUUCAGGUGAUUCAGACAAAAUAAAAGGGCAGAGCUCUUCUGA